CUGUUGUUGUUAUCCCUUUCACAAUGUGUGUGUGAGAAUCGUGGGUUCAAAUUUCAGUCGUAAUGUACACUUGUACAGUAUUCAUUCUUAGGACUGCAAAAAUUUGACGGAACUAAUAACCCACAGCGGUGUGAUGUGGCGCAGGAUUACUAGGAGGGCUGACCACAAAUAAACUGGGACAAUAUACAGGAAAAAGAAGAAAAGAAGAAGAAACUAAAAAGAUUUAAAGGCGGACUAACUAAAUGUCGGAACGCCAAAAGAAGCCUGCAAAUCAUGGCCGCAGAAGAGAUAGCAACUGACUUAUGGCAAACUCACGCACGACUGGACGUAGUGUUGGAACUGGUGUUCCUAUGGCUGGGUGGCGUGGAGUUGGCGUGUUGUGGCGCCGCGUGCCGUGCUUGGCGUCAAGCGAUCAGGCGUGCGGACGUGUGGAGAUGCCUGUUGGUUCAAGCGUCUAGUGCGGAUACAGUGCAUGCUCUGGCUAGCAUUUAUGAUGGCGCCUGUCCAUGGCGCGAGCUGUACGUAUCAUGUAUAGCGCCGUGGCGCCGCGUGACGUGCCUGAUGCCAGAGCGGCCAGCUAGACUCGCCGCUGCAGCGCUUAGCUGCGAUGGAAACUUGCUUGCUAUUGCAGCUGAGGACUGCUCCUUUACCAUAUGGGUGCUGGCGAAUGGAAAUUGGGCGCGUGUAGGCGCUGGUUCAGUGGCGUUAGGUUGGACUGGAGUAGUACGAGCAGAAUGGGCUCCUGACGCACCACUUCUGUUACUGGCAGGAUCCGCUCCGCUCUCAGCUCAAAGAGGAGCGCUCGCUGUACUACGACCCCGAAAUGAGGGCUCACUCGAAUCGUGGGUAGUGGCCGCACGAGCAAGCGGUGGCGGCGGCUGCUGGGCGGGCGAAGGUUUCCUGUCCUUGGAACUGUCGCGGCUAUCAGCACCGGAACACGCGCCUGUCUUCGGCACUGAUGUCUGGCUUAACGCUGCUACUCAGGAGACUGAAGACGAGUUUGCAGGCACGGCCGCGCGUGUUCUCCGAAUAUACAACGAAAAACGAGCAGCCAUCACGCAAGCUGUAUGCGCAGACGCACCGCUAGACGCCCGCGCGGCACAGGAGUGGGCGGAAGCGGAAGCGACUGCGCGCGCCGAGGACUUGCGUGUAGAUGCGUCUGCAGACCCUGCUUAUGUACCAGAAGUUGUGAAACUAGAGGAGCUGGGGCCUGAUGAAGCGUACUAUAGGGUUAUAUACGAUCGCGGACGCACGUCCGACACGCCAGCUGCGUGGAUACACGUGGUGGUUUUAGCGUGUGGUGGCGUGCUUGGCGUGUGGCCGUUACCGCGCGAACGGCCGCCGCCGCUCCGCGUGCCUGACGACGCGCUGCGGACACGCAUGCGGGCGCGCGCUGAACGACGACAACGGGAAGCCGAAGCAGUAGCGGCGGGUGAAGUGGAGGAAGAGGCGCCAGAACCGCCAAUAGCUGAACUCCGCGCCCGCUGCGACCCGCCCACAGCACGUCUUCGGUUACCUAGCAAUGUGCUCGGCCUUACAGCGCUACAGAACGGACGCGCGGUAUGGGCGUGCGUGUCGGGAGGAGCGAUUUGCGCUUCGUUGCCAGCUCUUCGAGUGCUACGAAUAGUCCUCGCGAAGCCAGGGAAUGGGUCACCCCACUAUAUGCAACCGCAUACAGCUGAGGAAUAUUUUGGCAGCCCGUGCGGCGGCAGCUCUCCAACUGCCUGCGUAUGGAGCCCAGCCGGCGGCGCGGCCAAGCUGAGCGCCGGCGCGCCAGCACUGGCGGUGCUACUGCGUUGCCGUGCGCGACCUGAGGCGUUACUGUUGACAGAGGACUCUCUACAAGUGUGGCAGUGCACGGCGCCGCGGGCGCCCCGGCCCGGCGACAACGCCGACAACUCCAGCGACCACAGUGACAAUAACUAUGACAGUAUCAGUAAUAACAGCAUUGAUAGGGACUGGCGGCCAUGUGAUAGUGACUGACUCUCCACAUUUAUUUUCCUUUUAUGUUGACGUUGUAUGCGCCAAGAACGCCUGGCGGAGACUUUAGCGCCAAGAACCCUCAAAUGUUAUGGCGUACGACGUACUUCUUCCUCGCGUUGUCCUGGCAUUUUGCCACGGCUCAUGGGAGCCUGGGGUCCGCUUGAUAACUAAUCCCAAGAUUUGGCGUAAGCACUAGUUUUUACGAAAGCGACUGCCAUCUGACCUUCCAACUCACAGGGUAAACUAGGCCUUGUUGGGAUUAAUCCGGUUUCCUCACGAUGUUUUCCUCCACCGAAAAGCGACUGGUAAAUAUCAAAUGAUAUUUCGUACAUAAUAACUUCGGAAAAACUCAUUGGUACGAGCCGGGGUUUGAACCCGCGACCUCCGGUUUGCAAGUCGCACGCUCUUACCGCUAGGCCACCAGCGCUCUUACGGCGUACGACACACAUUAUCAAUUUUUUAAAACAGCUUGGAUACCAUAAUGGCGGUUUUAUAUUCGCGUGCGGAUGGCGAGCAGAGCCGCAAGCUGAACUACGAGACUUGUAUGUAAGCCAUGGGCUCUUGGCUUGUCCCGAGGCUCGGCUAGCCACUUGCCGGGCUCGCGUCCGGAGCGGUUUUUUGGUCACGAGUCAAAGGGGCUCGCGGGGGACGCGCGCUUUCUGUUUAUAGUCGCGUUCGGUUUUUUAUUUGGUUACAAACCUUAUACCGUGCCUUGUUUAAAACCAAUUACCUCGACGAGCUUACGGGCUGUGGCCGAGACACAAGGCGAGCCGCGAGCCAAGCCACGAGGCGAGUGUAUACAUUAACUCGAGGAUCUUACGAACUGUUGCCGAGACACGAGACGAACCGCGAGCCGCGAGUGUAAAUCCGCACUAUCCGCAGUGACAGAUGUCAUAUCAAUACAAUUUUGCGAGAUUUUGCGUUUUAGGUUAUAAAUUGUAUGGAGAUAACAUCUGUCACCGUACUAAAGCUGUUUGAAAAUUACUAUUAUAAGUAUGAUCUUGGCGUAUGAGUUGCAUUUUGUAAUACAUAAGUAUGGCGUUUAAAAGGUUAGCCUUUAAUACCUGAAUAAUUUCCCGCACAUAAUGUAGGUAUUAUUAUUUAAAUAUACAUAUAAGUUAAAAUUGUUGUGUUUAACUAUACUACGAGUAUAACAAUU